AUGGACCAAUUCACAAAACCACUGGAAGGUAUUUUCCGCGAUGGCAUUCCGGCCCCCGUCCUCCGAGCAUUUGCACCCCUGUACCAGGCACUACCAUCACUCCAGGACGCUGUCAGUGCCAGCCGUGACUGCUACUACUGGCGUGCAAACCCACUGAAAUGUGUGGAAGAAGACGUGCAAACGGUCACAUCUUUCAUGCAAGCAAGUGAAGCAUCCUUCCGCCUCUGCCCGCAGCAGAGUGCUACGUUGUUGAAAUGCCACAUGACGGAGCCGGCACGGGCACUUUUUUUUUGUCGUGAUGAAGAGUGGGAGUGGCGCACGUGCCUCAUGGACCAGACGGGGAUUCGUUUCUGGCCCUAUGCGAAUGCGCCAAUCGGUGCGCCCUGGAGUAACGGUGGGCAGACGGAGGAUUUCCACCUGGAGGAUCGAUUCUUCUACGAAAACUUUUCCUGGUGGCGGCGGAAGGCUGCGAUGCUGGCGGUGCGCCGCCGCGAACUCGAGGUACAGACUCAAAGGAAGCACUGGCUGGAUGAACAGUGCCAGAAAGAUACGGAAGGGAAGCUGUCGUUGGUGCCGCCGAAGCCAACACUCGCACCCGUAGGGAUAAGCACAAAUGUCAACUAA